AUGACGAAGAGAGUCCGAUCUCAAGAGCAAGUUGGCGUAGGCGAUAUUGAAGACGGUGUCUCGGAGCCUAUGAAACGUAAGUGGGAACCACUUAACUGGCGGGUUCAACUCAGCAAUAUUCGAAAAAUGCGCGAAAGUCGCGACGCCCCAGUAGACUCAAUGGGUUGCGAAAGAUUGGCUGAUGAGACAGAACAUCCUAAAACAUUCAGAUUACAGGUGCUGAUAAGUCUUAUGUUGUCAAGCCAGACAAAAGAUCAGGUUACGUCAGCUGCAAUGGAGCGCUUAAAGUUGAGAGGGUGCACGCUUACAACAUUGACAAGUAUAAAGACGGAAGAAUUGCAGGAUUUGAUAUACCCAGUGGGAUUUUAUAAGACAAAAGCUUUGAAUAUAAAGAAAACGUGCGAGAUCUUGAAGGAAAAAUACAACUCAGACAUACCAGAGACUGUUGAGGAGUUAUGCACCUUGCCUGGUGUCGGUCCGAAAAUGGCAUAUUUAGCAAUGCAGUGUGCGUGGAAAAAAGUGACUGGAAUCGGUGUAGAUACACACGUACAUCGAAUCGUCAAUCGUUUGAAAUGGUGCAAAAAACCAACCAAAACUCCAGAAGAAACUCGUUUGGCUAUUGAGGAAUGGUUUCCAAGGGAACACUGGGAUGAAAUUAAUUGGUUACUAGUCGGUUUUGGCCAACAAAUUUGUCGCCCAGUGAAUCCAAACUGUAAAGAAUGUUUAAAUCUAUCAAUUUGUCCAUCUGCGUCGAAAUUUCAUACGAAGACAAAGAAAAUUUAA